GGCGGGUCCAUCAGGGGGCGCCAGCUGCUCCAACUCUCAGGCGGACUGCGCAGAGACAUGUGGCUGAGAGUUUGUGAAAGCGUCGCUCCGUUUUGAGCCCAAAACAACUUCUGGACUGUGCGAUCCAUCAGCACUUCACAGCGGGGAUUAGGACGCUAACAACAGUUUGUGAGGUGCAAACGAGCCGUAGCAGCACUUAAAGUGUUGAUCAGGACAGGCCGGGCCGACAUGACUGGACCAGGAAGUGGUGGUCAGGGCCCGCCUGAAGGGACGGACCCUGAGGAGGCGGAGCGGUGUCCUAUCUGCCUCGGCGUCCUGGCAGGAGGAGAGCUAGCCAUGCCCGACAGCUGCUGCCACGUCUUCUGCCUGAGAUGCCUCCUUACAUGGGCAGAGUUGCAGAUGGCUCCGUCCUGCCCGGUGGACAGAAGACCUUUCACUAAUGUUUACAAAUGGGACGGGAAUCUGACCUGUGUGCAGAUUCCUAUAAGGAAGAGAGCGACUCAACCUGAGGGUGAAAGUUGCUGCUGCAGAAACCCCGAACAGAAAGUCUGUCUCAAAAGCAAGUCUGCAAGAAGAUUAAGACGUCAAAAGGUGGAGAGGACGGCAGACGCCAAAACAAAAGGACUUGUGAGGAAAUGUAACGAUGAAGAUCCCUCCUCCCUGAGUAGGAAAAAGGUGCGAGGAACAGAGUGCUGUGUUUGGUCGCCCUCAUGUGACAUCUCCCUGACCACAACAUUGACUCAGGACACUGCAGAGCCUGUAUGGAUGUCAGAGGACGUACCGUAUGACGCCAUGUUCAAACAGUGCAGAGCCCAGACGCAACAUUGUCCGUGGCUUUCUGCUGCGUCUCCUAUCCCAGCUAACGGCACCUCAAGGCAGAACUUUCAUCCUGCUGGUCGGAACCACGAUCCAUUUCCAUUUGGGCUCCACUCAUCUCCCUUUAGCUCCACUUCACUGUUCAGCCCUGGACAUUUUGUGUUUCAGGGUGUCGUCUGCGCCAUCACCUGCCCCAAAGGAGGAGAGAAGAGAGGCGGCCGAGCUUCAACCUCCAAAGCUCCCACCAAAGAGCCCGAGACUCAAGCGUCCAGGAGAUCCGGACGCAACAGUAAAUCCCAAGAAGAGGCUCCGGCGUCUGAUCCGUCACCGCCAAAGUCCGGGUCUUCAGAUUCUGACUCGUCUACUGGCCGGCCUGUCAAGCAGGGCAGAGCCGCUCAGGCGCCAGCCAAAAGGAAGGGCAAACAGGCAACAAAACGAAGGGCUGGUGGGAAACGGAAAGCAGCAACAAGGAAAAAAAAGUCUCCUGAAGUUGUCAGCCCUGCUGUGAGCGAGGAGGAAGACGAUGAGGUUGGCAGGGAUGAUGGUGUGGAGAAAGAGGAGGAAGAGGAGAAAACUGAGCAGGAGCAGGCUAAGGAGAGCGUAAUUGAAGAACAGGACAACUCUGGUGAUGAGCAGGAAGGUGCUGAAGCUUUGAGCAACGAUUUCACGCAGGACAGUGAUGACACUCAGGAUCAAUCUAAUGAACAUGAACAGAAACCAAACGAGGAAGACGCUGUCCCAUCUCCUUCCUCAGACUCAGCUCCUCACAGCCCGAGUUCAGGCUCUGAGGUCAACCACACGGAGGACGUGGAAGAGCCAGAAAGCCCUGCUUCUCCUGUAGAGAAGGAUUCUGAUGAAAGGACUUCACCGUCUCCUCCUGGCUCUGUUCCCCUGGAGAACCUGACACCGCCGCACUGUGAUGAACCGGGAGAUGAGGAGGAUGACAUGGAGGUUUGUUCAGAGACAGAAAAUCUGAACCAUGAUGAACCUCAUGAGGAUGUGAAAGCUGACAGUUCUCCACAACUGGCUUCACCUCCGGCUGAAGAAUCAGACGAUGACAUUGCUGUCCCAGAAUUAAACACUUCUGAGGACGCUGAUUCAAAAAGGCUCAGGCCAGAAGAGCCCCCCGUGGCUGACAGCUCAAUGGAAGGAACCAAGGAUGACAGUCCAUACAACGAUGAUACUAAAGAGGUCCCCAUGGACUGCAGUUCACCUGACAGCGAUCAAGAUAAUGAUCCAUCUUUGGAACCACCGAAGGAAGACACUGACCCAGCUCCUGAAGAACCCGCUGUUUCUAAGAGCCAAGAAACCAAGGACGAGAGCAGCCAGGAGCAAUCUGAGAGAGAAAGAAGCCAAGAGAGGAAGAACGGUAGGCAGAGACGAUCUCGCUUCCACUCCCCAACCUCUACCUGGUCACCAAAGAGGGAAUCUAAGAGAGAAUCAUCCAGGCGGUCCCGCUCACGGUCCAGAGAUCGAUCCAGAGAUCGAUCCAGAGAGCGAUCCAGAGAGCGAUCUAAAGAGCGGUCCAGAGAGCGGUCCAGAGAGCGGUCCAGAGAGCGGUCCAGAGAGCGGUCCAGAGAGCGAUCUAAAGAGCGGUCCAGAGAGCGGGAUGGCAGCCCGCCCUCAAGCCGCUCCUCCCAAGCUCGCAGUAGAGAACGGGAUAAGGACAGAGACUCAGAGAGAGACUACUCUAGGAGAGAGCGGAGUCGAGAGAGGAGGCGGAGGAGAUCCAGAAGUCGCUCUAGGUCAAGAUCACGAUCUCGUUCUAGGUCACGUUCAAGAACGAGGUCCUACAGACGAGGGCCCAGCCCUGAACGGCCGUCUUCAAGAGAGCAGUCUCCCCAGAAGAAGGAGCGAAAAGCUGGCUGGAGGUCCGGUCAAGGAAGUGGAUCAGGUGGUGAGGGGCGGAGGCCACAUGGAGGCGCUGGGCGCUUUGAGAAUGGGGUCCCUGCAGAAAGUUCUCCUGAUCGCCAGGCCUGGUCAGAGAACCCUGACUGGGUAACGGAGAAGAGCCGUAGUGAUGCCGAGAGCAGGAACCGGGACUCUGGCUUCAGUGGCGGCUCUCGCUGGGAAGAUAACCGCGGUAGUGGUGGGAAUAGAGGAGACAGUCGGGGGCGUGGGGGCCGUGGAGGAUUCGAACGUGGUCGGGGGGCAGGGAGGGGCGGCAGCGGCGGCAACCGUGGCUUCUACAAUCAACAGGAGGAAUCAUCCGACAGCCGCUGGCAACCCAGAAACAACUUCUCAGGUACAGGCAACAAUUCAGGGAACGAUGCCUACAGCCGCUUCAACGAAAACCGAGGCGGGGGUCGGAGGAAAGACUCGGACCAGGGAGACUCUAUGAUGGACCGAUCAGGCUGGUCAUCUGCGUCCAGCUGGGCUGUCCGGAGGAAACUACCUGCAGAUGUUCAGGAUUAUUAUUCCAAGAGGGAAAGAGGAGGACAAGGAGGCUGGAACCGACAGGAGGAGGAGCAGGGGGCAGCGGCAGGAGAUCCCGCUAAAAGUGACGCCCCUCCCCAGGUGGUCCCGGGGAACGCGCCUGUGCCCGUGAUGAAUGUGAUUCCCCCUCAGCUGAAUGUCCUUCAUCAACACUACCCGAUGCAAGGCCCACGAGGAGCCCUGCCUGUCAGCUUACAGCCUGCAGCCGCAUACGGCAUGCCUCCUCAGGUCCCCGUGCACCUCCACCCUAAUGUACCGCUGCUGCAGGUCCCUGCUGUGGGUGCUCAGGGCCUCCCUCCCCCUCCACCACCUCCUCCACCCAUGCAGCAAGGCAGCCAGACAGCAGCAUCUCAGCCUGAUGGACACAUGACACAGAUGGUGAAUACAAUGGUGGCGUAUGGGAAAUCCGCCCUUCUUCCCACCCCAACCAAAGCUGGUGUUGGAGGGAUGACCCAGGGCCAUUCAGCACCCAGCCAGGUGCUACCAUCCUCUACGACUCAGUCCAGCCAGCAUCACAGGGGUCAUGCUGACAGCUCCAAAAAAGAAAAGAAACAACAGAUCCAAGAGAGAGCUGUAAAUGAAGUGAAGACAGCCAUCAAACCCUUUUACCAAAGGAAGGAAAUCACAAAGGACGAGUACAAGGAGAUUGUCCGCAAAGCAGUAGAGAAGGUGUGUCACAGCAAGAGUGGAGAAGUUAACUCCAGUAAGGUUGCUAACCUGGUGAAGGCCUAUGUGGACAAAUACAAGCAUGCCCGCAAGAAAUGACCCCCCACCCUGCUGCUGGCGUGGUGAUGCCCUCACAGACCCAUUCAGCUGCUCAAGUGCAAUUUUCUCUAGCUGGAAUUCGGCCUCCUGACUUAAAGAGGACGGAGAGUCGACAUUUUUGUUUUUGAUAUCUACCUUGUACUGAAUGAAGAUUUUUUUCUAUAGAUUUUCAUAUUUUGUUAGAAAAAAUAUUACUCAAUCAGAAAUUGUAAUGCAAGAGCCCUUUAUUUUGCAUAGAUCAUGUGACUUGGGAACUACUGUAAUGAGGGCAGGGAAGCGUGGGGUGGGUGGGACUGCUGAUAAAGAUGCAACGCUCAGUGAACGAGGACAGCUCAUGUAGUUGAGCCUCUCCCAGGGUGCCGGCUGGUACAAUGAAUUUCUCCUUCAUGGCAUUCUGAUCACGUAGCUUAUUCAUUGAAUAUUGUCAAUUUCCUUUUUUAAAAUAGAUAAUAUUUCAGAUGAAAGCUUAGUUUAAACAAUCUGUGCAUUGCCUUUUUUUAACUGUCUGUGGCCCGACGAAGGGCUGCAAUUGAAUGAGUGUGAUUGUAAUCAGGGCCUUGAUUGGUUGAGGAGGUGCAGGACCAAUCAGCAGUGAGUGUGUUAUUUGAGGCACAGACCCCAGGGGGGCAGAUCACCGGAAAUCGACCCCACCCCCUGCCUGAAUGUGUAUUAAAUGUCCAUGGGUGAACAUGAACGUAUCCUGAGAGUAAUGAAAUAAAUUAGCUGCUUCCUGA